AUGCCAAUGGGCAUUUCUAAACACCGAAUAUCCAUCCCGGACCAUGAGAAGGGCAAGCUUGGUGCUUUGGGCAUUCGUGCUGAGCACGUUGGCUGGGAACCCGUCUCCCAUCGCGGUUUCGCCCAUGAAGGAAUAGACGGACAGUGGUCGACGUUUGAGCUUCGAGUUGGCACGCCUGCUCAAAAUUUGCGCGUCCUACCUGGCACCUCAUCAACACAAACCAUUGUUGUACUGGAGCAGGGCUGCCGAAAUCUUGAUGUUGCAGAUUGCCCCAACAGCAGAGGGUCUCUUUUCAAUGUUACAGCGUCAACGACUUGGAAACAAAUCCAGUCUGGCUUGUUCAUGCUUGGUGUGGAGAAUGCUCUUGGAUACACAGAUAUCGGCAAGUUUGGCCAUGACACAGUCGGACUCGGCUACUUGGGAAGCGGUGGCCCCGUCGUCAACAACUCGGUCGUGGCUGGUGUGAAUGGCACCGAGUUUUACCUUGGCGUCUUAGGAUUAAAUCCACGACCGACCAACUUCACCACCCAGAACGAUCCCCAGCCUAGCUUCCUACAAAUUCUUAAGAAUCAGUCUAGCAUUCCUAGCCUGUCUUACAGCUACACGGCUGGAGCGCCAUAUAGACUCAACAGGGCGCUCGGUAGUCUCAUUCUUGGUGGCUACGAUGCAUCAUCGUUCCAAGCAUCAGGCUCGUCAUACAAGUUCUUUAGCGAUCAAUCACUCGACUUGACGAUAGGGUUGCAGUCCAUCACUACAAACACGACCUCUGGAGAUGUUAUGCUACAUGAUGGGCUCAUAUCCAUGUUCAUCGACUCCUCUGUUGCCGAUAUCUACUUGCCUCUUCCUGCAUGCCAGGAGUUUGAAAAGGCAUUCAAUCUCACAUGGAAUUCAACAGCAAACCUGUACCUUAUCGACGAUGCUCUGCACGCGCAUCUUUCCAACGCGAACCCAACGGUCACAUUUACGAUAACUACACCCAUUACUGGAGGACACAGCUUUAACGUCACAUUUCCAUACGCAAGCUUCGAUUUAAAGGCCACACCUCCACUUGUGAAACAAGCAACUCGUUACUUUCCACUGAAGAGAGCAGCUAACGACACGCAAUACAUCCUUGGGAGAACCUUUCUUCAGGAGUCAUAUCUGAUAGUUGACUAUGAACGUGGUAACUUUUCAGUGCAUCCCAAGGUAUGGAACGCAAGUGCCGUGUCUGACAUCAUUGCUAUCCUUCCUCCAGGUAGUGAGGAGCCAAAAGGCAAAACUCUUGGUGACGGGGCAAUUGCAGGAAUUGUAAUUGGCGUUUUGGUAUUUGUUGCAGCAAUUGUGACGGCUAUAUUACGGUACCUUGUACUUCGGCGGCGGCAAAAGACGUCGCAGUCAGAAUCGCAAGAGACCAAGGCCGAACUACCAGCUGUAUCUGACAGCGAGGGAAUACAGAAUUCUAAGAGCCCGGAUCCAACAUUGAGUGAACUUGGCUCUGCUUUGAGAUCAGAACUGGGAUCACCUGCCACCGAUGUUAAGUCAGAGCUGGAAUCUGAGGUUGCUGUGCGUUCUGAAUUGGGGUCCGAAGGUGUGAUGCGAUCUGAGUUGGUUUCGCCAGCGCCGCUUUCAGAGUUGCUGUCGAGUGAGAUUUACGAAAUGCAGGGCAGUGACGUUCCAGAGUUGGAUGAUGGAGGGCGGCGGGAUGGUGUUUCUGCGCCCUCUGUUGUUCACAAAGAGAAGUGA